AUAUCGAUUAUUAAAGAAUGAAGCACCAUGCAAAAACAAACAUUUUCUUCAUUGAUAAUUUCUAUGGUCUUCGUUUUCGGAAUUAAUAAUUAUCCACGUGCUGAUUGAACGAUCUUGCAGAGAAAUUGACCAGGAUGCAGACACAAAAGGACACAAACCUCUCUUGAGGCGUUUCCACAACUAGAAGAUCUCUAGUUCAGUUCAGAACAUGUAAAAUGAAAUGAGAACCAUGUCGAAAGUUGGAUGCUUCACUUUGUUUGCUUUUUUAGUGGCAUUUCAUGUCGAUUGCCGUUCUCUUCGACCUAGUUUGUCUGAUGGGGUUGAUGCUGUUCAACCCCACGAGUCUUAUCUGCAACUCAUUGAACAAAAGGUUCAACCUUCUUCUGAUGGGCAUUACUGUAAGCAAAUGUACGGGUUCUUGCCGUGUUCCAGUAACAUUCUUGGCCAUCUUUUCCUUAUUUUAGUUUAUGAGUACUUGUUGUUCCAUGGAGAGUCGUAUUUGGCUGCUGGAGGUGAGCAAAUCUUCAAGAUUCUUGGCCCUGGUGUUUUUGGUGCUAGUGCCUUUGAUAUUCUUGGGGCAGUUCCCGAGUCCUUAAUUCUUGUUGUUACAGGACUUUCCAGUGACAAGGAGAUUGCACAAGAGUAUGCUUCCACUGGUGUUGGUUUGUUGGCGGGAUCAUCCAUCUUACUUCUAACAGUAGUGUGGGGAACAUGUGUUAUCAUUGGCAAACAAAAGUUGAUAAAUGAUUCUAACUUUGAUGGUUCACAUUCAUCAAGGAGAGGAAUAACAAAAUCACUAACUGGUUAUGGUAUCACUAUGGAUGUAGAUACUAGACAGAUGGCAAUAAUCAUGGUUUUCUCAGUUAUACCACUUGUCAUAAUGCAGAUUCCCCAUUUGUUCCACUUCUCUUCUGCAGCAAGCAAUGUGACCUUGAUGGUUGCUCUUAUAGUAGCUGUUACAUUUCUUAUCUCAUACUUCAUUUACCAGGUCUUUAAACCUCAGAUUGAGAAAACUAGACUGGAGUAUAUUAAGCAUGAUGACUUAAUAUUAAGAAUUUUUCAACGUGUUGAGCAACAAACUCUGCAAAAGAUUCUGGCUGAGGAUGGAACUCCCAAUGUGUCUGCAAUAAGUGGGUUGUAUCAUGAAAUUAGCCAGCACGGGGGCAAGGACUUGUUAGCUUCUGAAGUUAAAGAACUGUUCUUUGGGAACAAAUUGACUGACACAAAUAUCAAAGAAGAACAGAUAGCAGACUUGUUAAAAGUUUUUGAUAGAAAUGGUGACCAAAUUAUAACCAAGGAAGAGUUUGUCACUGGUUUAACAGAAUACAUUAACCAAACAAAGCAUGCCUUGGAUAGACAAUACCUUCCAAAACAAUCUUUGAACAAAAUGUAUCAGACUUUUAUAAAGCCAUGGAUUGAACACGUGAGAAAGGAACGUGAGUUGAAGGAACAUCUUAUAUCUGAAGUCUUAAAGCAUGCUCAGAAUUAUAUGGUUGGCAGGCUGCAGAAUGAUGAUGGUACACCUGACAAAACUGCAAUCAGAAGGCUGUUUGAGGAAAUUGAUGUCAACAGGGAUAACCACAUUUCAAGAUCUGAACUGGAAAAAGUAGUAAAGGACAUCCACUUUAACAAGUUUGUAGAUGCUGAGGAGGCAGUUGCAAAACUUGCACAAGAUCUUGAUGUCAACCGAGAUGAUGAAAUUAGUGAGACCGAGUUUAUUGAAGGUUUUGCAAAAUGGAUGAACUCAAAUUCCAGCCAAGCUGCUAAAUCAAAAUCUUCAUCUCAGGGAAAUCAUCAAACCUGGGAAGAUGUUGAAAAGGUAAUGGAAGAGAAUCCAACCAAUGGCGCUUCUGCAUGGUUGACGGCUAUUGGAUAUGUGGUGUUGGGGGUUACUAUGCUGGCUCUUCUUGCAGAACCUUUAAUAGCUAGUGUUCAACAAUUCUCUGAAGAAGCAGGAAUUUCAUCGUUUUUCAUCUCAUUCAUUUUAGUCCCCCUGGCUACAAAUUUUAGAGAAGCAACCUCAGCAAUCAAAGAAGCUAGCCAUAAGAAGAGCAGCAAUACUUCUCAGACAAUAUACGAGAUUUAUGGAGCAGUGUUCAUGAACAACAUUCUGGGCUUUGUGGUGAUCUCUAUUCUCAUAUACAGUCGUGAGAUAACUUGGCAAUUCUCAGCUGAUGUACUUGUUGUGGCAAUAGUUUGUGCAGUAAUGGGCCUCGCUGCUACUUUUCGCCUCACUUUUCCUCUUUGGACAUCCUUCCCUGCAUACUUCAUGUACCUCAUAGCAUUGCUGUUGGUCUUUCUUCUCAAAGAUGUUCUCAAUUAUGUUUAGUGAUUCUUUCGGAGAAAACAUGUGGAUGGAAUGGAUAAUGUUGAACAUUGUGUGGCAUUCGUGAUUGAUAGAUAUUUAUCCAAAAGAGAAAUAAUAUUAA